UUUCUGCGUACGUGGGGAAAUCUGUCAAGUGCUCGAUAUCGCGGUAAUUUGGUAAAGUCAGCUGACGCCAAGAUGCAAUUGCCCGUCGUUCGGGAACUGUAACGAGAUCGCUCGUAAUCGCGUGAAACUGCGGAAAAAAGUGUUCGUUCUCUUCGCGAGACGCGAAUCGAGUUGGGUGUGCGAAAAAUUUAUAUACACUUGAGUACACUCUAGAGAGCAAAGAAGGCCACCAUGCCGCUCAGUACUGAUAUAUCCACAGCGCUUCACUUGCUGGAGCAAGUACAGGAACGUGUGGAGGACGAUCCUAAACUGCAAAUGCACACGUCCCAAGACUUGAAGUCGUUGAUUUCACUAUUAGAGGAUCCUGUAUUUCGCAGCAUAGUUACAAUUCAGGAUUCUUUGAUCGAAUUGAACACUCAAUUGACACAUCAUCCAUCUAUCUUGCCUGGUGACUUUGACAUCAAUAUUAGUGGACAGCUGGAGCUCUCUGUUCCAAGUACUCCGGUACAGCCACUCGGACCAAACAUGUAUCAAGAUCUGUACCAGGACAGCAGCGAGCUAGAAGAUCAGAGAGUUCCCGUUGCUCCAUUACUGCAUAGCAGCAGUGAAGAUACGAGUGCACAGGUUACUAGUCCCAGUCUUGCUUCAGAAGUUAUGGGAAUGCCGCCUAUAACCACUCCUACUUAUGCAAAGGAGUUUAAGAAGGUCAUUGAGGCUGCUGCGAGAGGACGACAAAUAUUUACAGUACAGUUGUACAAACCAGAGGGAACCAGUUUGGGAUUCAGCGUAGUCGGACUUCGCAGUAAGGAUAAGGGCGAGCUUGGUAUAUUUCUACAGGAGAUACAACCAAACGGCAUCGCGGGUUGCGACGGUCGAUUGGUAGAAGGUGAUCAAAUAUUGGCGAUCGAUGGACAGCCUUUAGACUCGAACAUCUCUCAUGAACAGGCGAUCUCGAUUCUUCAAAAGGCCCGUGGUCUGGUUGAGUUAGUCGUAGCAAGAAGCACCCAAGACGUUGGGAGCUCUUUGCCAACGGAUGAAUUGUCCGGUGGUUCGAGUUCGACAGCGGCUGCAGGAGCAGCGUCGUCCAUCGUUGGCGGUGGCGGCGGUGCCGCUGCUGGGAACAACCAGACAAGUUCCGACAAGGAUCAAUCGGUGUCAGCGUCGUCCACCAUCGUUACACCGGGACCGACCCCGAAGUCAAGCCAACCGACCAGCACCACUUCGGCGGCGACCCCGACGCCCACGCAUACACCAACACCCACGCCGACCUCGACACCGAUACCUGGAGGCCUCGUUAUCGAAAGGAGUCCCUCCGCCGUCAGCGACGCCUCCAAGAGUGGCUCUGACAUGGUGUUGAAUACGGAAUGGGCUCAAGUUGAAGUGAUAAACCUCAUCAACGAUGGCAGCGGUCUUGGAUUCGGUAUUAUCGGCGGACGUAGCACCGGCGUCGUCGUCAAAACCAUUCUUCCAGGAGGUGUUGCCGAUCGCGAUAAUCGGCUCCAGAGCGGGGAUCACAUAUUGCAGAUCGGCGAUGUCAAUCUCCGCGGGAUGGGAAGCGAACAAGUUGCCGCGGUUUUACGACAAUCGGGCACUCACGUGCGGCUUGUUGUCGCACGACCUGUGGAGCCAACUUCCCCGGAUUAUCAGGCUCUCGGAAGUCACGCCCCGAUCGUCCCUACGAAAAUCCUGGGGGAUCCGGACGAGUUGGACAGACAUUUGGUGCACAGUGUACCGGAAAGCUACAAUAUGCGACAUGUGCAGGGGGGUGACACGAGCUACGACAACGGUUACAUGUACUCGCAGGAAUCCGACAUUGAAAUGCACGCAAGACCCGGUCUCAUCAUGGACGUGGUACGCAACCCAAUGCCAAUUGGAGCGAUGCCAGUUAUACCGGCGGUGCCACUUCCGGUGCAGCUCCAAGAUCUACCGGUGCUUACCAUGGAGCCCCUCGAUAUUAAUUCACUGCCAGAGAUGGAGCGCUUCACGGUCAAUCUUACGAAGGAUAUUUAUGGCCUUGGCAUCACUAUCGCUGGAUAUGUUUGCGAAAAAGAGGAGCUCUCUGGCAUUUUCGUUAAGAGCAUUAGCGAGGGUAGCGCGGCUGACUUAAGCAAAAUGAUCCAAAUAAACGAUCGUAUAGUGGAGGUGGACGGGCAUUCCCUGCAGGGUUACACUAAUCACGAGGCUGUCGAAGUGUUAAGGCGUACAGGGCAAACGGUGAACCUUUGCUUGGAGCGAUAUCUACGUGGACCAAAGUUCGAGCAGCUUCAGCAAGCGAUCGCCGCGAGCGAGUUGAGACUACCUCAGCCGAGUUCCCCGUCGAUUACGAGCCUACCUAGUUUUCCCAUGAGCGCGGAUGGAGAAACCACCACUGAAAUAGAACCCGAAGGCGAAUCUCAUACCACCGUUGACAGCGCGAUUCUGCAAGAAGGAGAACGUUUAAGAACAUCAGACGAGCAGGACGAGGCAACCAAUGUCGAAGCUUUGUUGAGCGAUCCAUCGAGCGAACUUACGCCUCAAAUUCGUGCGGCUAUUAAGGCGAAAUGGCAAAAGAUUGUCGGACCCGACACCGAGAUAGUGGUCGCUCAGCUGAAGAAAUUCGCCGAAGGGAGCGGUCUCGGGAUCAGUUUAGAGGGAACGGUCGACGUGGAGAAUGGCCAGGAAGUAAGGCCUCAUCACUAUAUACGUUCGAUCUUGCCGGAGGGCCCCGUUGGGCAGAACGGCACACUGCGCUCUGGCGAUGAGCUACUAGAGGUAAACGGCUACCGCUUAUUGGGUAUCAAUCACAUGGAAGUGGUUAGCGUGUUGAAAGAGUUACCUAUACACGUUCGUAUGGUUUGCGGAAGAAACAUCGCCUCGCAGGAUCCGCUUUGUCCCAUCGACACCGCUCAACACCAAGCCGCUUUUCAGACUAGAAGCAUCCUUGGCGGGUCUCUGCAGAACUUGUUACCUACAAUGGAUCGUCUCGUGAAAGCGAAGUCGGACGGUUCCUUGGCCUCGACAACGACCACGGCCACAGUGACCGACGCGAGUCUAAACAAAAUGAAAUCGCGCUCGUUGGAACCGCUGACCGGUCUGGCAAUGUGGAGUUCCGAGCCACAAAUUAUCGAAUUGGUUAAAGGAGAGAGGGGCCUUGGGUUCUCCAUUUUGGAUUAUCAGGAUCCAAUGAACCCCAACGAAACUGUGAUAGUAAUACGAUCGCUCGUGCCCGGCGGGGUGGCACAGGUCGAUGGGCAGUUAAUACCGGGCGAUCGGCUUCUGUUUGUGAACGACAUCGGAUUAGAGAACGCAACACUGGACCAGGCCGUGCAGGCCCUCAAAGGCGCCCCGAAAGGGACCGUUCGCAUCGGCGUGGCCAAGCCGCUGCCAAUACCAGAUAGUAUUGUCCAGCAGAAGGCGACACCGAAGAUGAAACGGAGCAAAAGUUUUCCCAAUGAGUGCGAGACGACCGACCGCGUAGCAGAGCUUGAGGACCUGCUUUCCUCGAGAUCAGGUUUGACUGAAACAUCAACAAACAAACCGGAGGUCGACGAAGACGAGGAGGAAGAGGAGGACCACUGGAAGGAUGCUUCCCCAGUGACGCCGAUUUGUAGUCCGGCACGGCCACCCCCCUUAGGAAAGCUUCGUCAUCGGGACAAACAAUCACCGACUAGAUACGUCGACAUCGAUAACGAUGUCGAAAUCAUUCACGAGUUCUAUCCCACCACAUCCAAAACGAUGCACGAAGAGACAAGCAUCGUGUCAUAUGGUGGCACGAUAAUCGUGGAAACGACGAGGAUACCGAGACACAUCAAAGACGUAGCACCAAGAAUGGAGAAGGUAGCGCCGAAGGUGAAAUUAAAGAAACAAUCGUCUCUGGAGUUAGAAUCGUCCCGCGUACCUCCUGUUCAGGAGGAACCGCUUUCCAGCGCAGAGAAAGCGUCCAGGAUCACCGCGACUACAAGAUCUCAGCGAGAAGUAGACGAGGAACGCAAGAAGACCUUGAAGCGUCAUAGCAGCGUGGAUUCCGAGGGACGUACGUCCACGUCGAAGGAGACGCUGGAGAAGUCGGACACGUCGUCGGAAAAGGGUGCUCGGAAAAAAGUAUUCACGGAAAAAGAAGACGGUAGGAAGCGAUCGAAAAAAUCGGGAAGAAGAUCUGUCAAAACCGAACAAAAAUUGGAAGAAGAUUCAGAGCGGAAUUUGGAAUCGCUAGAGAAGGAAGAGUUGAAGAAAAAGGACGGGGAGACUUAUCGCCGAUCGAGGGAAGAGAGAAAGAGCCUGAAGGAGGAGGAAUGUAUCGAGAGGGUGACAGAAUUCUUAACGAGGCACAGUAUACCGACUUAUUCUGACAUGAGCGUUAAUCUCGAAACGAUGGAAACCUCGGUUUCUGAAAACGUAGACGAGCAACGAGUCAAACGUCCAUCAGUUAUUAGCAAAGAUGGGGAGACUGCGAGCCCCUCAACGACAGUCGAACCGUCCAUCGUGUCUACAAAAAGAAAAGGGAGCCUGAAAAGUGUACCUGAAAUGACGAAAGAGACGAAGGAUUUUCUGGAGGACUCAAGAGUGAAGGACACUGAAGGAUCUUUGGAGAGCAAGAAGCAGCGGUCAACCUUGGAACGUGCCUCGGCAGUCGUUUCGGACGUUCAACAAACUGAACCGGCCGUUCAAAAGCCUGUGAAACGACCCAGUUCGAUGAGAAAAAGAAGAGACUCUUUUUCCAGAGAGUCCUCGAGAGAAUCGUUGUUGGAAGAGAAGAAGGGUGUCAGGAUUCAAGAAGACGUUCAGGAGAUAUUUUUCGAGGAUAUGAGUGAGCAAGUCGAUUUGUUGCCGGAAGUGCAGCUGGUGACCGCCAGAAUCAUCACUGCUGAAGAGGCAUCCGCGCUUCGCUUCGAAGAGGCAGUUACAAGAAUCGAGAUUCAUUCGCCGCCGGAAGUAGCCGUCGUUGCCGAAACAGUUAAAACGAAACUGACGCGGGCACCGUCACCGGAAAUUGUCGACGUGUCUUCGUUGCAGCUACCCACAUUGGCGAAAUCGACUUCGGAGAGCACUUUAACGGAGAAUAAGCCCGACGCCAACGAGGACCACAAGGUCUCCGUGAGAAACUUGAAACCGGAGAUCCUUUGGGAUUUGUCCAAGGUCUCCGAUAACGGCGAGGAGAUCGAAGAGACGGUCGAGGGCGACAGGGAUAUCAAGGAAAGGCGGCUCAGCAGAACCGGAAGCGAAGGCUCCAAGAGAUUGAUCAAGAGCCAAAAGCAGGAACAGUUCCCUUUCAAAAUUAGCAGUCUCGCGCAGCCAGAUAGACCGGAGCUGACGAUUCUACACGAAGGUCCGAUAGAGAAAGCGUCAAGUGUCGGAGAUAUUACGGGGAAGAUCGCAACGGAAGACGCGGAAAAAGAUGACAGUAUUACGAGCAUCCAAGUUCGACGUGAAUCCAAGGAAUCAGUCGGCGUUCCGAAGGACCUCGCGAUUCCCCCAAGCGAAGUUGCGACUCCAGCCCAGGAGCUUCAAAGAGAAAAGGAGCAAGAGGAACCAUCGUCGCGACAAGAGACCAAGGAGGACACAAAGGAGUCUCGUGAUUAUGGACAGACACCUUCGAGGGAGAAACGAUCGCCGUUGUUGGAAGAAUUAGUCUGUAAGCACGAGGAGGACAAUUUGAUCUGUAAGGAGCACUCUUUGGAAUAUCAGAGCCAGACGCUCGAAAGCCAAUCGGAUCACCUAUUCCACGAGGUGAUCACUUCCUCCUUGGAGGACCUAUUGAAAACAGUUCCCGAGAGUUGGACCCGUGAGGUUUACGAGGAGAGCCUCGACGAGGUCGAGCAUAGCUUCAAGGAAACACAGUAUUCGCCUAAGGAGAAACGCGACGUACAGACUCAGACCGUGCAGGAGUCGAAAGGCACGCAGUGCAGUCCCGAGCAGAGCGUGACGACUCCCUGUGACGAGGAACAGCCUAGUAUCAGCCCCUUCCACGUCAGUCGCAAAUACUUUCAAAGCCCGAAACGGGAAGUGCAGACGCAAACUCAGGGCGAGAACAAGAGCGUCCAGUGCUCGUUGGACGAUUUGGGUGAUCUCGCGAACGUCGCCGCGGGCAGUUCCAUCAGAUCGGAUCAGACGCAGGAAUCAAAAAGCGUCCAGUGCAUCCCGGAGGACCUCUCCGCGAGAUCGUUCGACAGAUCGAGAUCCUCCUCUCGGGAGGACGUCCUGCGCAGUCCGCGGCGCGAGGUCGAGGUACAGACUUAUCAAGAGUCGAAGGCAAUCCAAUGCAGCGACGACGAGCUGCUCGAGGCUGAUCAGAGCACCGAUCGUUCAGAUCGCCCGCAUCACAGCAGACCGGCCAGCUCGACGUCUAGGAAGACCGAGAGCUCGCCUUCGUCGAGUUCGAGUUCGCCACGCAAGUUCCCGACAGUCGUCUUCGUGGAGGGCAAGGGGGACAUGACCGUCACGCACAGGGAGCGCGAUGGCGACGUCACCUGGUCGAAGCACUGGGGCCCCGAAAGACUGGUGGAGAUAUAUAGGGAACCGAAAACCAGCUUAGGACUCAGCAUCGUUGGCGGGAAGGUCGAUCUACACAACGGCAGCUCCAGUAAGUCCCAGAAUAUCUCAGGGAUAUUCAUAAAGAAUGUGCUGCCAAACAGCCCGGCCGGUAGAACCGGCGGUCUCAAGAUCGGAGAUAGAAUAAUUGAGGUGGACGGCGUGGAUCUGCGACACAGUACGCACGAGCGUGCGGUGGAAGUUAUACAAGCCGCCGGAAAUCCUGUCUGCCUCGUCGUCCAGUCCUUGGUGCACCUGAGCCCGGAGCACGGCAGCGCCGUCCAAGAGGAAAGAGAUACCAAAGCCCGGAGGCAGACUGUCAAGAGUCAUACGUCGCCGUCUUCCGGCAUCAGCUCUGGAACGCCGACGGCCUCCUUUCGCCGUAAACCACCGCCAGUUUCGCCAGCGAGAUCCAUCACACCAGAAGUGAUACAGCCAGGACUUGAGGACGGUGACACUCAAAGCAGUUCGCGCGGAGAUUCCCAAAGACCAAGUUCGAAAAGUUCAGAUGGCUCAGCUUCCAGCUCACGAAGAUCCUCCAUGAAGAAGUCAAUUCGAAAAACAGCCCCUUCGCCCCCAGUGAAUCCGGGUAUCCUUCGCGAAGUCAGCGAGGAACGAGAGGACCACACCGCUGAACCCGCCACGAAGCCCAAGUACUCCUCGGACGAAAGCUCGGACGAUGAGGAGGAUACUCGCAUGCUGGAGGGCAACGUCUACACGAAGAGCGGCGUCGAGAUCUCGAGAAAAAGCGCCGGAAACGUGAGGCGCACGAAGGCGGAAAUCGAGGCGGAUCCGGAAGAAGAGGACGAGUUCGGUUAUACGGCCAACAAGGUACAGAAGAAGUAUCAGCAUCUCGGACAUAAAGUGCUGAUGGUUAUUCUCGAGAAGGACAGACGGGGAUUGGGUAUCUCCCUGGCAGGACAUAAGGACAGAAACCGAAUGGCGGUGUUUAUCUGCGGCCUCAAUCCGAAGGGUGCGGCUCAUAAAAACGGCGGGCUCCUCAUCGGCGACGAGAUAUUGGAGGUGAACGGUUGCGUAUUGCAAGGACGGUGUCAUUUGAACGCGUCCGCUCUCAUCAAAGGCAUAGCCGGCAAUCGCUUCAAGAUCAUCGUUUAUCGAAGAUCGAAGGCUGUCGAUGACAUCGCCGUAAAGCCGAUAGUUCAAUUUCCACCAACCUUGGAUGACAACUUUGCUUCAAGCUUCAGUAAGUACAAGGGAGUUCGCGAGAUACAAAUAAAGAAGAGUCCGUAUGGUCUAGGCAUAAUGAUCAUCGAAGGGAAACACUUGGCCGUGGGUCAGGGUAUCUUCGUGUCUGAUAUUCAAGACGGCAGUGCCGCAGAACAGGCUGGAUUGAAAAUGGGUGACAUGAUCCUGGCCGUUAAUUUGGAUAGUUUAAUAGGGCGCACGUACGAUGAGGCCACGGAGUUAUUGAAGAAAGCGCAAGGCGUCGUUGUGCUGACAGUUUGUAAUCCUAACGAGAAUAAAGUAGAACAAAAAGAGGAACAGAAAGAGAAAGAUAAAACUAAACUUGGAGGUGAAGCUGCUGAUGUUGCACAGAAGACGCCACAAAAGAGUGCAUCAGCAACUGCCAAAGAAGCGGAGAAACUGGCGGAAUCUGAGAAAAUCCGGCUGGAUCCGAAGACCUGUCAGAUUCCGGUCGGUCAGGAAGUGACGAUAGAAUUUCAGAAAGAGAAGGACCAGGUCGUAGGUAUCGUCAUCGCUGGUGGUUCUGAUACCCUCUGGAACGGGGUGUUUGUUCUGGAUGUAUUUCCCGAAGGCGCGGCCGGAAAGGACGGUCGGUUGAAACUCGGCGAUCAAAUUCUCAGUAUAGGCAGCGAAAGUUUCAAGCAGAUAGAGUCGCACAAAGCUCGUGAAACGAUGUUGAAGCUUACUUCAGGAACUAUCAUGAUGACGGUGUUGCGCCAUGAGAAACCAACCGAGGAGUACGAGGUCGAGAUACAGAAGAAGAGCGGUAGAGGUGCGGGCAUCUGUUUCGCCGCGUUUAGGAGCGGCAAAGGAGCUUACGUGACGGAGCUGAUGCCAGGCGGUCAGGCUAUCGAAACUGGCAAGAUCUGCAAGGGCGAUCACCUUAUAACAAUCAGCGGAUUGGACGUGCGCGAAGUUUCCUUCGACGAUAUCGCCUUUCAUCUGAAGAUAUCCAAUCCGUUGCAGCUGAAACUAGCUAGGUAUAAAUCCGCCAAACAAUGACAGGGUUCUGCGGGCGGAACUCUUAACGCGUGUCCCGACGUACGAAGAAGCAUCUACAGACACCGUGGAUUCUAGUGUGAUAUAUAGGUAAAAAAUAUGUCUUAAUAACCAUAAGUACCUUUGUUACGAGAGCCUCGUGCAGAAUCGCGCGUUUCGCUCUAUUAGUUACACGCCAGCGUCGCCAAUCGAUCUUGCCGUUCGAACUCGCGUGCAACACGAGAAGUGAAAAAUAGAACGAGAGCUCAGAUAAAGCACGAUAAAGCGCGACGAUUCAUAACGCAUGUGCAUCAUUUCGAGCCGGCGGAAAACUUUGUGGCCAACUCAAAGGGAAUCAAUCGUUGUCGCGCGCGAUUGACAGAUAGCCGAUUAAAAUACCGCGAAUUGAUCGAAUUCGUGUAAACGAUUCCGUCUGCCGAUGCUCAUGCUCGUGCAAGUAAUAGCUCCGAUAUACAACAUCUUAUCGUCUUAUAUACAUAUACAUAUACACACUAUAAUUAUAUGUUAUAAUUAUAUAGUGCGAAGUAAACACGUUAUCACCGAUAAUAACGAGGAGAAUAUCUCGUAGGACAGGCGUAAAUCGAUAAUAAUCUCGGCGAGUUUGUAUAUCAAGAAAAAUAUCGUUCAGAUCUAUUCUCUUCACUUGGAAGAGAUACGACGUCGCUCCCCUUGUAUCUUCAUACAAAACCGAACUCGCUUGUAUGUUUCGUACUACAACUUAUAUACUUAAGGCAAGCAAAUAAUAGAUGCGAUUAUAGCGCGCGUUUUUUCGGAUAUAUCCGUAAAAUGUUUCUUUUCUUUUUUUUUUUAAGAUAAGACUCUAGUCUCGUCCGCGAAGAUCGGCGUUUCUCGCCUUAAUUAUCGCUUUCGCUCGCGUCACGGCUGUUCCCAUUGUCAUGGCUGACGUUACAUAUUGUCGCAUACCGUAUUUUUUUCAAUAUUGAUAAGACAAGUACGAGAGAAUACGGUGUACGAGCUACGUCAAAAAAUAUACGCGCGUGUUGAGGAAACUUCAAGUAUAUAUAUAUAAUAUAUAUAUAUAUAUAUAUAUAUAUAUAUCCUUGUUAAAAAUAUUUUCCCAUUUAUCCAAGGAAUUCGCGUAGAAUAAGAUACACCGGUCGGCCACGUCCGUUUAAUAAAAUCGGUAGAUAGAUAACGAUUUUGUAACAUGUAGCUUAACUUAUAGAGUAAUAGAGACGGAAUGAGAUAUGAUACAUAGUGACAUAAAAUAUAUAUUAGGAUAACUCUAUCCGCGUGAUUUCUUAUGUCUUAAACGCGAUAGGACGUUCGCGUUUUAACUUCGACGUAACUCGCGCGCAGAUAUCGUUGACGACUCGUACAUCGGUAUAUCGUGUAUUUAUCGCCGAUAAGAUAGAGAAUACCGCCUAAAAAAUUUAUAGAGCUAAUAAAAGAAAUAAUGAGAGGAGCGCAUAGCUCUCCCCUUUAUAGCCUGACAAACGCGGGGAGCGGUCGCGUCGAACGUCGAGCGAGAUCACUUACAAUUAGCGAUAAGUGCGAGAUCAUCCCCGCAUCGAGAUCAUUCUCGCGCGAUCUCGCGCCGUAGCGUAAUUUAAACGCGAGACGUUUGCCAAUACCAACGGAUGGCGGAUCAUUCCGAGUGUUCAAGCGUUUUUUCUUUAUGCUCUGACGUUCGUCAAGUCACGACGGGUGACGCGUCGCAAAGCUAGACUGGCUUGUUGAGUACACAUAGUUAAACUAAAUCUACCGUAUAUAACUAGUCCUUAUAAAUAUUAUAUAUUAAUACGGAGAUUUUCAGAGCGUGUGCAAGAAGAAAAAACAAAUGCAAACAGAAAAAAAUAUAUAUAUGAGUAUAUAUAUAUAUAUAUACACGCGAAUAUAUAGAGAUAUAUAUAAAUAAUAUAGAAUCUAUAAUAGAAAUCGCAAAACGUAUGUUUAUUUAUCGAGUCGUUCGUAUCUCUCAUCGUAUGAAUGAUUGCAAGUUCUCGUGGAACGUUUUGCAUUUGAAUUUCGCAUAGUUUAUCGUAGCGAGAUGUUAAUAAAAACGUCGAUCCUGUCUCGGACGACCUGCCGAUGUCUCGAAAAUGAGUACCAUCAUCAGUAAAAUUGUUAGUCUACGGUUAUUAUUAUUAUUAUUAUUAUUAUUAUUAUUAUUAUUACAUAGUAUAUAGUAUAUUGUAACGAGUUAUAUAGAAGAAUAUUUUAAUUAUUCUAUAUUAUAAGAGAGAUGUAUUAUUGUAUACUGAAAUAUGAAUUUUCAGACAGCGGAGAAAAAUAGAGCAAACUUAAUGUAAGCAUGACGUUGAAAAUCGAAGUGAACGGUGUGCGGAGAAUGAUACCGAUGGGAAAGAUAUGAUUAGGUAAAGAUGCGUGUAGCAGACUUUUUAUUUUACCUCUUCAAAAUUAUUUUACAUUUAUUUAUGCAAAUUUUGCAAAACUACUUCUCUCUUUUUAUAUUUUUUAUAUUUAUUUCCUUCCCUUUUAUAAAAAAAUUUUAAUUUUUUAAUUUUCUCUUUUCAAACCAUUGCUUUCCAAUUUACAUAUAUUCCUUAACACAAGCUUAUAUAUACGCUUUCAUUUAUUAUAUGACUUAUCUUUAUUUAUUAUUUAUUAUAGUCUGGAGUUCUCUUUUUUCAUUAACAUAGGAAAAAUUCGUUGGAGCUUCUAAUUUAUUCGCACAGUUAUCUUAUUUCAAAAUUUUAUUAAAUUCAUUAGAAUUCAUAGCUGAUAAUGAUGUAAUUAUCGCAUUUCUGUACAAUGUUACAAAAUUGUCUUGGCACCGGAAAAUCGUUCGGAUUAUUGUCGCUCGUGUCUCUAUCAACGCAUCUUUAGGAUUAUAGGCGGGCCUUAGGGAUAAUGCGUCUAGCGUUAAAUGUGCGAAGGAAUGAAGUCCUGAAUAUCCACCGCGGAGAACCCCUGAUCUCGUUGUAUAUUUCCCGUCAUUGAGUUCAAAGUUGCGUUUCUCGAUCGUUAUUUCGAAAACGUUCAGUAUCAGAUUGCUGACAGCGCGAAAUCCAAUAUCUAUUCUCAGGACACACAGAGUUACGUUACAAGGGAGACUAACGGGAAAUUUUUGCUGUGGGCGGAAACACGAAUUGUUGGGAAAAGCGAAUCGAUUAUACGAUCGCCGAUGUUGCGUGUGAGUUUUCGGUCAGUGGGAAAUAAUUGAAAUAAUUCCAGCCGCAAUUCUGCUUUAGCUGUUCUUGGCGGGAAAAAAUAUGUUCAAAGUAUUUUUUCGUGAUCGUAUAAUUUAAUUUAAUUUUUACUUGAAUUAUAUUGUGAUUAAUGUAUCCACGUGUCGAGACGCAACUUUCAACUCGAAAACGGUUUAACGCGGACUACAAUGUGGAGGUGAGGGAGAGGGGGGGGGGGAUCCUUCAUAGUUACAGUUCUGUUCACAUAUACAUUAUAUAAUUGUACGAUUAUUGAUAACGUUACAUAUACGAGCGCGCGAUUGUAAAAUGGCUCGCGAAGAAAAUGACUCGUAGAUCAGCCAUCGUGAUCGAAUGGGACCUAAAUGCGUUACGCAAGAAAGUGAAUACAUAAAAGAUAUUCUUAUUAUUCUCUCUCGUGGAUCUUAAACGAAAUUAAAUUAAGCCGACGCCACUUUACAAUCAACGGCUCAUGAUUAUUGUCCUCAUUAUUGUUAUUAUGAUUAUUACAGUCGACGUCAUGAUCAUCGUAGCGCGGCACUACUGAGAGUAAGGAAGAAACUGAUUAUUAUAGAACAAGAAUAAAGUGUCACCGAGAUCUAUUAAAAACAUUAAUUGCAACGUUGUAGUA